CAUCAUUCCAUGCGUUACGAGCUACGGGGAAAGUACGUCGUCAUGUAUUGCACGCACAUACAUCGCAUCAAAAUAGGCGUCUUCUCAUAUUGUUCGAAAAAGCAUGUCAAUGUUCCACACAGACAUGCAAACCAAACGCAAAGGUCCAAGCGAAGUUCUGUGUUACUAGAAAGAUUGACGCAACUCACGGAAAAUAACUGGAAAAGAGUCGGUAACGGCAACUCAGACCAAGUGAACACGCUUCCAACAGCCUAUCAGAAGAAAAAUCUCCAGUGGAAGCAUCGAUAGAACUAAUACCAGGUAUACAGUUCGACACAACUUGUAAUUGAAUCCGGUAAUUCGCUGUGCACAUAGCAACGACCAAAAUAUAGCGAUGUUCUGCAAUAAAAUUGAAGAAACCUUAUUCGCCCCACUGCCACCGUCUCUCUGGGCUGAUGAUUGCCAGAUUAUGGAAGACGGAAGACAGUUUUUCCAUGGGGAAGGCUAUACAUCUCAUUCGCAAAUGAAAAGCAUACUUCCAUCAUCCAUACCCUUUCGGUCCCUACCAGCAAUCGAAGAAGAAAGCGAGGCUGCUAGUUAUAGCCACCGCGAAGAUUCUCGACUCGAGAAAAAUAGUGGCGGGGCGGUGAAAUCCAUGUUCAACGCUGGUUGCCUGUUCACGUACUCGUCACCUUCUGCAAACGAUGCCAGCAAUCGACUACUCUCGUCGUUUAUAGUGAAACGAUCUAGAUCUCAGAACUGUCGACCGGGAGCAUCUUCCUCCACCUCCGAAUCUUCAUCACCGGAAUCAUCCUUCUCAAGGCGGUCGUUUCGUUACAGUAGGCAUCGAUUUCGCUAUUGAAGGACAGCCGCAAGUCCUUCCGAUUUCACCCGACUCCAUCAAUCGACGGAAAGAAACUGGAGAAAGACACAAACCGAUAUUAUCGCUAGCCGCAUGGGGCAUUCUAAUUUUUGAUCAAUCGAACUCCUGUAUGUACUGUAUGACGCCGUCAAAGCAUCUUAAGAUUGGGUGCGCGCUAUCUGUACUCGCCAACACCACAUACGAAGAAAAUAUAAUAUGUAAAAAUAAGACCACUAUUCGCUA